AUGGUUGUAAUUAAGGUGGUCAAGAACAAACUUCUCAAACUGAAAACAGAGCAGCCUAGUGAUCUACCACAAGAUGAGGUUAUUUCAAAGUUCAGUUACAGCAGUGGUGAUGGUUUGAAUAGUUCAAAGAAUCGUGUUUUGAAUGUGAAAACAAAAACUGAUUUCAAAGAACAUUUACAACAAAUUGAACUUAGGUUGGAAAGUACUUCUGAUAUAAACACCUGUGUGAACACCUGUUAUGGAAGUCUGUUUUCUGGUUAUGGUGUCUUAAGAAAAGAAGAUUCCUUAAAAGAAGUCACAAAACCCAACAGUGAUGUUUGUGGAGAAACAAAUUUCAAUGAAAAUAACCUAAAAGAAUUUAAUAUAUAUCAGGAUGGUGGUAAACCAUACAAUCAGGUAAUCUGUGGACAAGAUUUUGGAACAGUGGAUACCAUAAUACAACAAAAGAAGAUACACACUGGAGAGAAAUCAUAUACUUAUGUGGUUUGUGGGAGAACUUUUAAAAGAAAUAGUCCCAUCAAAGAACACGCACUGGGGAGACAAUUUAUAGUUGUUUAG